CACUUUGUGUCGUUUUUUAAUUGUUUGUUAAAUUUUAUAUUUUGCAAUUGCUUUACUGUUCAGUUAGGAAUGCCAGUCAUUAGUUCCUUUACUCACUGAAAAGCCGAACCAGAACGUUUUCAGAGGGAAAUUCGGCUUUAAUUUGCAAAACCUUUUAUAUAUUUAACGAGGAAAAAGAAUUGAGUUUUUAAUGUUAAAUUGAAUUAAAAUUUUGUAUAUUUCGUGCAUAUUAAUGUGGUUUCUUUUGGGUUUGGAUCGCGCGAAAGAGAUGAAAAAUUAACUUGUGCUCGUAAUGAAAACAUGAAUUCGUUUUGAUUCGAUGUUAAAAGCUAAGUUGAAAGAAAAAGAAAUUAAUUGAAUACCGGAAAUCUAAGGCGCUUGGGAAAAGCGUUCGUGACGAUGUAAAUUCUGUUUCUUGUGACUUUGGUUGAUAAAAAAGAAUUCAUUGUGGCGUCAACAACAAGUGAGAGUUCAUCGAUUCCAAUAGACGACGACGAUAUUUUGAAUGCUUUGGAAUUGGAAUGUCGACUGGAUGCAUACGGAAAUACUACAAAUGCUCAAGAGCCCAUCGGAUGCCCGAAAGUAUUUGACUCGAUACUGUGCUGGCCCGAAACAAAUCCGGAUUCGGUGGCGGUUCUACAAUGUUUUCGUGAAUUCAAAGGAAUCUUUUACGACAGCACGCAAAAUGCAACAAAAUAUUGUCGAAAUGACAGCACAUGGGACAAUUCCAAUUACGAAAAAUGUUUGCAUAUCGCAAACGAUACCGAGCUGCACGAUUUCGUUCCAUCGAUUGAACUACCGACCAUUAUCUACGGAUUUGGAUACAUACUGAGUUUAAGUUCGCUGACAUUAGCACUGAUUGUUUUCCUGCAUUUAAAAGAACUUCGUUGUCUAAGGAAUGCUAUUCAUGCAAAUUUAUUUUUAACGUACAUCCUGUCGGGAUUACUUUGGAUAUUGAUGCUUUCUCUGCAGAUUACAGUCAAACCGGGAGUAGCAGGAUGCAUAAUUUUAGUUAUACUUUUCCAUUACUUUAGUUUAACCAAUUUUUUUUGGAUGCUCGUCGAAGGCCUUUACCUGUACAUGUUGGUUGUAGAGACGUUCUCCAGUGAUAAAUUAAAAUUCAAGAUGUACGCGAUACUGGGUUGGGUUUUCCCGGCAAUAAUCAUUAUGAUCUGGGCGAUUGUGAAAAGUGUUAUAACAACGCCAUUAGGGAUUUAUGACCUAGGUUUGGAUCCGAUGAGUGAGCAUCAACUUGAUUGUACAUGGAUGCAUGAGUCGCAAAUCGACUGGAUAUAUCAAGGACCCGUUUCUGCUUGCUUGGUGAUAAAUUCCAUUUUCCUUCUACGUAUUAUGUGGUGUGUUUUUAAGGUGCUUAUUAUCAAAUUGCGAUCGAACAACAAUGUCGAAACGAAACAAUACCGGAAGGCGACGAAAGCUUUAUUGAUCUUAAUACCAUUGCUGGGCCUUACAUAUUUGGUGGUAAUAACCGGUCCAGUCGAUGGUCUUGGCAAAUAUAUCUUUGCGAUUAUUCGAGCUCUACUUAUAAGCACGCAGGGAUUCUCAAUAUCUGUCUUUUACUGCUUUUUGAACUCGGAAGUCAAGCAAACCAUUCGACAACGGUUUUUCAGAUGGCAGGAUGAGAGGAAUAUUCAAUACAGCCAAAGAAAUGCCAACACUCAUCAAAAGUUGAUAAAUUCGUCAUCUAAUGGGACUCAGAGAUCCGCAGUCGAUAACGGACGGCUAACUGAUGUGAGUCCAAUGCUAUAGCCGUUAACUUGACGUUAAAAAAUUGGAGUACAGGCAACUUAAAGACAUUGUAUUCAUCGUCGCAGUGAAAAUAUUAAAGCAAAGAUGAAAUAUUC